GUUUUUUCCAGUCCUAUGCAGUUGAAGUAGAUAUAAAGGAUGCUUCCAAUGCUACAUGCCUGUAUGCAAAUUGGAUGAUGAGGUUCUUGAUAACAUAUGAAUCAAACAAUGGUGAUUAUAAAACCACAACCCUGAAUUUGUCAUCCAGUGCGACACACAAUGGAAGCGUCUGUGGCAAUGACACACAGGCUGCCCUUGUGGCAGUGCAGUUUGGAGAAGGUCAUUCUUGGAGCAUUAACAUCACAAAAAACAAUGAAACUUACCAGGGAGACUUCAUGACACUGACCUACAACACCAAUGACACAGCUGUAUUUCCUGAUGCUAAGAGAAAAGGACCAGUUACUAUUUUUAUGAAGGAUCCUGCAGGUCCAGUUCAGCUGAACACUGUCUUCGUGUGUCACAAUUCCUUCGUUAUUGAAGCAGAAAAUAUAACGCAGAUUUUCUGGAAUGUUACUGUGCAGGCUUUUGUUCAGAAUGGCACAGUCAGUAAAAAAGAGACUAGAUGUCCUGCUGAUAGACCUACUUCUGCACCUACUGUUCCACCUACUAGUGCCAAUGCAACUACUGCACCUACCACUGCUGCACCUCCUGCUCCAACUCCUCCCAAGCCUGUGGAGAAUCCAGACACAGGAAACUAUUCUCUUAAAAGUGGAAAUAAAACGUGUUUCCUGGCAUCUGUGGGGCUGCAACUGAAUGUUUCCCAAGACAAGCCUCUUCUGAUCAACAUCAAUCCAAAUACAACUGUCGCAGAUGGUGCCUGUGGUAACACAACAGCCACUCUGAAAUUGAAUGAUGGAAAUAGCACACUGAUUGGUUUCACAUUUGCUGUUAAAAAUGCGAGUGCAAGUGUACAGAAAUUUUAUCUGAGAGAGGUCAAUGUUACUCUGCUCAACCGUCUGAAUGGUUCUGUCAUUUCAAGUGCAGAUAACAACAACUUAAGCAAGUGGGAUGCUUUCCUUGGUAGCUCUUACAUGUGCCGAAAAGAGCAAACCCUUCAGAUUAAUGAAAAUGUUCAAGUUCAUACUUUUAAUCUCAGGAUUCAGCCAUUCCUUGUGGAGGCAAAUAAGUUUGCUACAGCCCAGGAGUGUUCGCUGGAUGAUGACAGCAUUCUAAUCCCAAUUGUAGUUGGUGCUGCACUUGCUGUCUUGAUUGCCAUUAUAGUGGUUGCUUACAUAAUUGGCAGAAGAAAAAGCUAUGCUGGAUAUCAAACUUUGUGAAUCUAAGCGUGAUUCCUGUUACGAUUUCACUCUAAACAAAGCAAGUGCAAGUUCUGAAGUCCAAAAAAGACCCAAAACUUAGGAGUAAUUACUAGCCACAGCUAAUUGGAGUUGAGAAUAAAGGGAGAAUGUUUAUCUCAGAUGAAGCAGAAUUACACUUUAUUUUCCUGCCCUAAGAAGACCAUGUGGGUUUCAUAGCUGUCUUGAAGAUGUCAAAUCCUGGAUGAAUUGCUAGGCUAAGGAUUUUUUCUUGCAAAAGUCCUAAAGCAUUUAGGAUUUAUUUCUGCUUUUUACAAAUACUAGCCUGAAACAAUAACACGUUCUGAACUGAUGUGCAUUGGGCAUCUCCCAGAUUAGCAUAGAAUUUGUACUUGCUUCUCUCCUCUGCGUUCCUUAGUUGUUGUUGUAAUUGUGGGUUAAGCUGGCAGCAUUAGUCACCCUGUUGACUUGUACAGUAUUUAACAAGGAUUGUCUAAUGCCCAAUAGCAACUUUGUUUUCCAUAGGAUUGAACUUCAGGCUGGUAAUUAAGUGAUCUCUGGAAGUGGCAGCAGUAACUUACUUGCCUUUGUUAGGAUUUCAGUAAUUUACUCCUGCCUUGGUGUAAUUUCAGGAAUCAUUCCUAUACCGUGGCUGUACAAACAAAAUGGGUAAUUUGCCAAAUGGUGAAUAUAUGGGAAGACUUCAGUGCCGUUUCCAGAUGCUUUCAAAAAAAAACCUGUUAGGCACUGAAUUCUUUAUUAUACCUUGGCAAUCAUCUAAAAUACUCACCUAAGGCAGACUUCUGCUAAAUUAAUGCAAGCUUUUUUUUGCUGGCAUCAGUUUAAAGGGAAUAACCUUUCUAAAUAUUCCAGAACUUUAAAGUGCACUUAACUUCAUACCAUACUCUGCACAGAACUGGUCUGUCUUGUUGCUUUGAAUGACCUUGUUUAAAGAUGCUUUCAUUUAAUGAGCCAGUAUCUGUUGUUGCAGCUUGAGCUGUUUUUAAAUCUUCAUCUUGAAUGGUUCUCUGCCAGUCAAAGUUCACCUUUAACUGCCCGCCAUUGGCACUCUGAAUGUUGAAUGUUUGUGUUGGGUUGUUUGCGGUGUAGCAUUUAUUGAUGUUAAGAAUGCAAAAGCCAAACAAGAGAUGGACCCACAACACCUGUUUUUCCUUGCUGUAUGAAAAGAAUAAGUAGGUUAAAAAAGUGCAGUGCAACUGGACUGUUCUUUAACUGCAGCUCUGUAGAGACUAACCCUUGAUGCACAACUUUGCUCUGGGCUCUUUGUGCAUAUUCUUACUGCAUGGAAAAAAAAAAAGUCUUUUAGACUUCUAGAUAAUUGUGGCUUUUUUGCAUAUGUCAUAACAUGAGCUGCCUAAGCUAGUUAUUUAAUGAACAUAACAUUGUCUCCCCAUUUAGAAUGAGUUUAGCCUGCAUCAAAGCUUCUCUAGUGUUUUAUUAGUGUUCUCUAGGGUUGUAGAGAUGUCUGUGGCAUGUUUGUAUACAAAUCAUAAAAUACACUUCUUUCAGUAAUGGUUUGGUUUGGUUUUUUCUUUUGUUAAGACAGUUUACUCUUGACACUAGCCAAGGAAGCAUGUAUGGGUGGAUAAUGCUUACUAUAGCUUGUAGUCUACAGCUUGAAUUUUGCAUCAGUUACUGAAAUGCAUUUUAAUGAAAGUGGGGAACUGCUAUAAGUUUAAUCAUGAAACAAGCUUCAAGACUUACCAUUUUAAUUUUAAAAAAUGGAUCUAAUGACUUUCAUAUUAAUAUAUCCUCAAAUGCAGAAGUUCAUAUAGAUUUUUUAGCUUUUUUUUUUUUUUUUUUUGUGAGUGAUGUUCAGUGGCACCAGUUAAACAUGCAUCUCUGUUAAGGAGUAUUCAUCACACUAUUCUUCUGACCUUGCAAAUUUUUGAACUGUACACAGUUUCCAAAUGAUAAAAUAGAAGGUUCAUGCAAACUUCUUCCUAAAAUCAGCACUAGAAAUACCAUUGCAAAAACCUGUAAGUACAUUGGCUCAGAGUUUUAAGUACUCCUAGACUGAUGUGCAGGUAACUGGUUCAAAAAACAUCAGUUUCACCUGAUUCCUGUUGUUAUAAAACCACUAGUUUUCCUGUAUGUAUUGCUCCGUAGGGAACUGUCAAUCUGUUUAACCUGUGCUCUAAAAAAAUAAAGAUUGUUCUAUUUCUUAAGGAAACUUGUUCACAUUUUUUAACUGAUUUGAAAACAGACGUCUUGUAUUGUCUUUUUUUAAAGAAAAUAAACUCAAUGAGUAAGGUGAACUCUAAUCAGUCUGUAUCUGAGAUUCUGUUACAUAGCUGGUUUUGUUCUGGUCUGUGGAAAUAACAUUUAAAUUGUGAAUUUAUUUAACACCUGUGGAUGUGGAAUAUUAAUGUGUAUAACCUAUUAUAGAGUGUGGUUGGUUUAGUACCUUAUACACAGUUUACUAAAUAUUGUAUUCUAAUGUCCAGGUUUCUGAUAUUUUAGGUUAAAAAUUUCAUGCUAAUUGUCCUCAAAAGUACCAUUUCUAGCCAGUGAAUGAUGGGAUUUGGGUUUUGGAAGGGGCAUUUUGUUUGGUCAUUUGUUCCUUGUUUUGGUUUUUUCUUUGGCUGGUUUUUAAAAUUUUUUUAUUUACCACAGUGUUCUCUCUUCCUUAGCAUAUGUUAAUAAAACACGAACAUUGGGGCUGUUGGUUGAAUCUCAUGAUUGGAAUUAAAAGGGAGGGCAGCUUUUAUAGUGGGGCUAAAGAAACUUUGGGCCAAAAAUUUCUGACUUUUUUGAAUGGAGACACGUUGAGCCACAUCAGUGGAAAAAGCUGUUCCUGCUGGCCCUGCUGUGUUGGGCUGUAGUUACCAAUUCUGCACUUGAAGACACCUCUGGAGCUUCUAAGCACUGUACAGUAGCCAUACCUGGAUAGAUGUGUGCCAGCAAGGAUGGAAUGUUCCUGGUAUGAAACCUUGGCCCCUUUUUCACCCUGGGAGUUGCCUGUAACGGUGCCACAGUGUGAUGUGUGCUGCAGCCAUCUCCUUUGAAGAAGAGAGGGAAUUUCUGUCACUGCCUGCUGGACACCUUCAUCCUUAGCAAAUCCAUUCAUAUUUAGUGUUAGUGUUUAGUGACCCAUUACCCAGCACCUAGCAAAUUGUCUGUGUUAGUAUUUAGUGAACAGUAUUACUAAAUAUCAAAUGUAUGUCUCUCUUUAAGAUGUUUAAAUAUUUUCUCAAUCAGAAUGUUUUGAAAUAGCUGUAUAAGAUGCAUAGUUCCUUUCCUCUUGUUUUUUUUUCUUUUCCUUCCAAGUGUUGCUCUGCUUGGCAGUAUGUGCCCUCAGAUAAUCUGAGUUCAGCAUUUUCAGCUGUUGAGCCUCCACGUGUUGUUCUCCUUGCUCUUAGUGAAAGGCUUUGUGUGGUAUUUCAGGGAGGGGCCAUGGCGAGUGUGUGCUGGACAAUCAUAAGCUAAAGCAGGACAAUACAUUUCCCAUACAUAAUGCUGAUUCUGUGAAAAAACAGCAGCCAACUUUUGAGGAAGCGUUGACUCAGUGUGUAAUGCUGUGUCCUAAUUAAAAACUCGAACAAGA